AUGGGCUGGGGAAGCCGCUGCUGCUGCCCGGGACGCCUGGACCUGCUCUGCGUGCUGGCGCUGCUCGGGGGCUGCCUGCUCCCCGUGUGCCGGACGCGAGUCUACACCAACCACUGGGCGGUCAAAAUCGCCGGCGGCUUCCCAGAGGCCAACCGCAUCGCCAGCAAGUACGGAUUCAUCAACAUAGGACAGAUCGGGGCCCUAAAGGACUACUACCACUUCUACCAUAGCAGGACGAUUAAAAGGUCAGUUCUCUCGAGCAGAGGAACCCACAGUUUCAUUUCAAUGGAACCAAAGGUGGAGUGGAUCCAACAGCAAGUGGUAAAAAAACGGACAAAGAGGGAUUAUGACUUCAGUCGUGCCCAGCCGACUUACUUCAACGAUCCCAAGUGGCCAAGCAUGUGGUAUAUGCACUGCAGUGACAACACACAUCCCUGCCAAUCAGACAUGAACAUCGAAGGAGCCUGGAAGAGAGGCUACACGGGAAAAAACAUCGUGGUGACCAUCCUGGAUGAUGGCAUUGAGAGAACCCACCCGGAUCUGAUGCAGAACUACGAUGCUCUGGCGAGUUGUGACGUGAAUGGGAAUGACCUGGACCCAAUGCCUCGUUACGAUGCAAGCAACGAGAACAAGCAUGGGACCCGCUGUGCUGGAGAAGUGGCAGCCGCAGCGAACAACUCUCACUGCACAGUUGGAAUUGCUUUCAAUGCCAAGAUCGGAGGGGUUCGGAUGCUGGAUGGAGAUGUCACGGACAUGGUUGAAGCAAAAUCGGUUAGCUUCAAUCCUCAGCACGUGCAUAUCUACAGUGCAAGCUGGGGCCCUGAUGAUGAUGGCAAGACCGUGGAUGGACCGGCUCCACUCACCCGGCAAGCCUUUGAAAACGGCGUUAGAAUGGGGCGGAGAGGCCUCGGCUCUGUUUUUGUCUGGGCCUCGGGAAACGGUGGAAGGAGCAAAGACCACUGUUCCUGUGAUGGCUACACCAACAGCAUCUACACCAUCUCCAUCAGCAGCACAGCUGAGAGUGGGAAGAAGCCUUGGUACCUGGAAGAGUGUUCAUCCACACUGGCCACCACCUACAGCAGCGGAGAGUCGUACGAUAAGAAAAUAAUUACUACGGAUCUGAGGCAGCGCUGCACGGACAACCACACCGGGACCUCGGCCUCGGCCCCCAUGGCCGCAGGCAUCAUUGCGUUGGCCCUGGAAGCCAAUCCGUUUCUGACCUGGAGAGACGUGCAGCAUGUUAUUGUCAGGACUUCCCGUGCGGGACAUUUGAACGCUAAUGACUGGAAAACCAAUGCUGCUGGUUUUAAGGUGAGCCACCUGUAUGGAUUUGGACUGAUGGAUGCGGAAGCCAUGGUGACGGAAGCAGAGAAGUGGACCACUGUUCCUCAGCAGCACGUGUGCGUGGAGAGCACAGACCGACAAAUCAAGACCAUUCGCCCCAACAGUGCGGUGCGCUCCAUCUACAAAGCUUCGGGCUGUUCCGAUAACCCCAACCACCAUGUCAACUACCUGGAGCACGUAGUUGUGCGCAUAACCAUCACCCAUCCCAGGAGGGGAGACCUGGCCAUCUACCUGACCUCGCCCUCAGGAACCAGGUCCCAGCUUUUGGCCAACAGGCUCUUUGAUCAUUCUAUGGAAGGAUUUAAAAACUGGGAGUUCAUGACCAUUCAUUGCUGGGGAGAGCGAGCCACCGGUGACUGGAUCCUUGAAGUUUACGAUACCCCUUCCCAGCUGAGGAACUUCAAGACUCCAGGGAAAUUGAAAGAAUGGUCUUUGGUCCUCUAUGGCACCUCCGUGCAGCCAUACUCACCAACUAAUGAGUUUCCUAAAGUAGAACGUGUCCGCUAUAGCCGAGUAGAAGACCCCACCGAUGACUAUGGUACCGAGGAUUAUGCAGGUCCCUGUGACCCUGAGUGCAGUGAGGUCGGUUGUGAUGGGCCAGGACCAGACCACUGCAGUGACUGCUUAAACUACUACUAUAAACUGAAAAACAACACCAGGAUCUGUGUCUCCAGCUGCCCCUCUGGCCACUACCAUGCUGACAAGAAGCGAUGCAGAAAGUGUGCCCCCAACUGUGAGUCCUGCUUUGGAAGCCAUGGUGACCAGUGCCUGUCCUGUAAAUAUGGAUACUUCCUAAAUGAAGAAAUCAACAGCUGUGUUAUCCAGUGCCCUGAUGGAUCAUACCCGGACACCAAGAAAAGUCUUUGCCGGAAAUGCAGUGAAAACUGCAAGACAUGUACUGAAUUCCACAACUGUACAGAAUGUAGGGAUGGGUUAAGCCUGCAGGGAUCCCGGUGCUCGAUCACCUGUGAGGACGGGCAGUACUUCAAUGGCCAGGACUGUCAGCCCUGUCACCGCUUCUGUGCCACCUGCGCUGGGCCGGGUGCUGACGGGUGUAUUAACUGCACAGAAGGCUACUUCAUGGAGGAUGGGAGAUGCGUGCAGAGCUGCAGUCUCAGCUACUACUUUGAUCACCCUUCAGAGAACGGAUACAAAUCCUGCAAAAAAUGUGAUGCUACCUGUUUGACAUGCAAUGGUCCGGGGUUCAAGAACUGCACGAGCUGCCUCAGCGGGUAUCUCUUAGACUUAGGGACAUGUCAGAUGGGCGCCAUCUGCAAGGACGGAGAAUACAUUGAUGAACAUGGUCACUGCCAGGUCUGUGAAGCCUCGUGUGCCAAGUGCUGGGGGCCAACUCAGGAAGACUGCACUGACUGCCCCAUCACAAGGACUUUUGACAAUGGCCGCUGCAUUUUCAAAUGUCCCUCAGGGAAAUUUGAAUUUGAGAACCAAUGCCAUCUAUGCCACUACACCUGCCAAGAAUGCCAAGGAAAUGAGCCUUCCAACUGCACUGCCUGUGGAGUAGAUAAGCAUGGCCAGGAGCGCUUCCUAUAUCAGGGGGAGUGUUGGGAGAGCUGCCCAGCAAGCCACUACCCUGCCGAGGGGCACACCUGCCUGCCCUGCUCAGACAACUGUGAGCUUUGCCACAGCGCACACAUCUGUACACGAUGCAUGGGUGGCUACUUCAUAGUGCCCACCAACCAUACCUGCCAGAAGUUGGAGUGUGGACAAGGUGAAGUUCAAGACCCAGACUAUGAAGAGUGCGUGCCUUGUGAAGCAGGAUGUCUGGGGUGCAGCUUGGAUAAUCCAGGAACCUGUACAUCAUGCACUACGGGGUAUUACAUGUUUGAACACCACUGUUACAAGACCUGUCCUCAGAAGACCUACAGUGAAGAAUCUGAAUGCAAAGCGUGUGAGACCAACUGUGGCGAUUGUGACCAGCACCAGUGCUACUGGUGUGAAGGCGGCUUCUUUCUCCUGGAUGGCUCUUGUGUGAGCACAUGUGGUCCUGGCUUCUAUGGCGACCCAGAGCUGGGACAGUGUGAGCACUGCCACCCGGCCUGUGUGACCUGCACUGGCCUUGGCCACCAUCAGUGCAGCAGCUGCCGGGAAGGACUGCAGCUGCGACACGGGACAUGCGUGGAGCCUGCCCAGACCCAGGUGGAAGGCAAAUUCUGGAAUGACAUUUUGAGAGGACACCAGCCUUGUCAUCCUUCUUGUAAAACCUGCAACGAAUCUGCGACCCUGUGCACUUCGUGUCCAAAAGGCACGUAUCUGCUGGCCCAGGCCUGUGUCUCCUCCUGUCCUGAAGGCACAUGGCCCUCGGCGAGGAGUGGCCACUGUGAGAACUGUAUGGAGGACUGUACCUCCUGCUCUGGAGCCGAUCUCUGCAGAACGUGCCGGACGGGGCCGGACUUCCCUCUCUUCCUCCACGAAGGCAGGUGCUACACCAGGUGCCCUGAGGGCUUCUAUGCAGAAGACCGCAUGUGUGAGCACUGUAGCUCUCCUUGCAGAACAUGCGAAGGAAACGCCACCAACUGCCUCUCUUGCCAAGGAAGCCUCAUCCUGCACCAGGGAGCAUGCCGGGAAGCCUGCCCUGAGAGGCACGUGGCCGUGGAGGGGGUGUGCAAGCAUUGCCCUGAGAGGUGUCAGGACUGCAUCCAUGAGAAGACAUGCAAAGAGUGUAUGCCUAAGUCCUUCCUGUACCAGGAUAUGUGUCAGCCAUCCUGUCCCCGUGGCUUCUACGCGGACAUACGAGAGUGUGUCCCCUGCCACGAAGACUGUCUGGAGUGUAGUGGCCCCUCGGCGGAUGACUGUGACCUCUGUGCGGAGCCAUCCCUGGUUCUCUACGACGGACGGUGUUUGGAUGAAUGUCCAGUGGGAACUUACUAUGAAAAAGAGACUAAGGACUGCAGAGAUUGCCACAAGUCCUGCCAGACCUGCUCAUCACCUGGGAUUUGCACGGCCUGUCAGGAGGGCCUUCUGGUCAACCACCAUGGGGACUGCGUGCCUCACAAGGAAUGUGCCUCCUUUGAGUACUGGGAUGUGGAGGCUCUGAGAUGCAAGCCCUGCCAUGCUAAGUGCUUCCGCUGCACGGGGCCUGCUGAGGACCAGUGUCUCGCCUGCCAGAGGGACAACCUUCUUUUCAACAUGACCUGCUUGCAUGACUGCCCCGAGGGCUACUAUGCUGAUGAGGACAGCCACCAAUGUGUCCCCUGCCACAACUCUUGUAGGACGUGUGAAGGGAGACACAGCACACAAUGCCUCUCCUGCCAACCAGGCUUGCUCCAGCUGGAAAAGCAGUGCCUGCUGCAGUGCCGGGAAGGAUAUUACGCAGAAAUCUCCACGGGACGGUGCAAGAGGUGCAGCAAGAGCUGCAAGGCAUGCCAGGGCCCGCGGCCCACCGACUGCCUGUCUUGCGAUUCGUUUUUCUUUCUGCUCCGCAUCAAGGGAGAGUGUCAUCGCACCUGCCCAGAGCAUUACUAUGCAGAGCAAGGCACACGGACGUGUGAGAGAUGCCACCCGACCUGCGACAAAUGCAAAGGAAAAGGAGCAUUGAAUUGCUUAUCCUGUGUGUGGAGUUACCACCUAAUGGGAGGAAUCUGCACCUCGGACUGUCUGGCGGGGGAAUACAGAGUGGGAGAGGGUGAGAAGUUUAACUGUGAAAAAUGCCACAAGAGCUGUGUGGAAUGCAAGGGACCUGGCACCAAGAACUGUACCAUGUGCCCCGCCAGCCUGGUGCUGCUUAUGGAUGACAACCGUUGCCUACCCUGCUGUAACACGUCCAAUCCCGCCAACACCCAGGACUGCUGUGACUGCCGGGACACCACAGAGGAGUGUAUCCUUCAAGCAAGCGAAAUUGGGCCUGCCGGUGAACAGACGAAGAUAGCCCUGUUCAUCACCUCCUCCGUUAUGCUGGUGCUUCUGCUUGGGGCAGCUGUGAUUGCCUGGAGGAAAUCACGGGGCCGAGGCCAGCCGGUAGUGAAGGCCGGCUAUGAGAAGCUGGCCAACCCUAGCAAGUCAUACGUUUCCUAUAAGAGCAGCCCCAGCUUGGAAGAGGAUCAGGUGAUUGAGUACAGGGACCGGGACUAUGAUGAGGAUGAUGGUGAUGACAUUGUCUACAUGGGCCAAGAUGGCACUGUUUACCGGAAAUUUAAGUAUGGGCUGCUGGAUGAUGAUGAGGAGGAUGAGCUGGAAUACGAUGAUGAGAGCUACUCCUACCAGUAGACAAGAGGCCACCCCCCUCCCCCACCCUGCCCCAUUCCACUCACAGGCAUGCAUUCGAGCGUUGCAGUUUUGGAGUUUUAUCCCCACACAUCAGGCUGAUGUGUGGGUGUUUGUCUUUGUCCUCUUAAUCAUGAGUCCGACUAGGGUAUGUAAGAAUGCUGAAAUAAUUUGUUCUUCUUUUGAGAGGCUAAACUCAAUUAACCAUAACUGAGGAACAAGGAUAAAAUUCAGAGAGAUUUCCCUCAAAACAAUAAGUCAAAAUACAGGAAGUGAAAAAAGUGAGAUUUGUACAUUUCAUGAGAUUAAAAAAUAUUGGACCUAUAGGAAUUCUGUUUCUCAGCUGUCUUGCGGAGACAUUUGCCGCCUUCUGGGAUUCUGGUGUUUCUGUAAAUGAUUUGGGGGUAUGGGGAGACAAAAGAGUUGUUUGUCUCAGGGGAUUUUUCUCCCCUGUCAGCCAUCUUUAGGCAAAGGUAGUUCUGCUAGGGCCAGCUAAAGAGGGUUCUCCUCCUCAUGCCCUUUAUCACUUGCCUCCAGACUGCCCCCGCGGAGCAGAAGACAAUACCUGUGCUAAGGGUGUUCUCAACCUACUGGGAGAUGAGGAAAGAAAAGGGAGCCAGCAUCAGAGCCAAGGAACCAUGUGCUCCCUAGGCUCUGGUUCUUCUGCAGGAAUCCACAGCCAUCCUGUUCUAGGGACAAAGCAAGCUCUGGCAGGACAUAGAUGGCAGCAAGCCAGUAGGACAGAAAUCAUUACAUUUCCAAGAAUUGCAGCGUUACACGCUCACGAUUUUCUAAGAGCUUUUGUGGUGGGAAACACCAGCUAAGACAUUGAGUAAUAAAAGAAAAAUGGUAGUGUUAAAAUGGGAUAAAAUGACAAGAACUGCAUCGACUCUGAGGGAAAAAAAACAAAAAUGUUUUUAGCUACCAAAUCAAAAAGAUUUCAUUGACAGCCUGUCACGGAGCUGAGAACUCCCUGUAGAAGAAGUUGGAGCGGAUUCUAAUGUGGAAAAUCCCAAUGUCCUGCUCACGAGCGUAAUCCAGUUGCCCACCAGCCUUCCAACACUCUCUACCACUGUGAUCCAUUUCUAGACAUCCUAGGCUCUCCUUGGUCCACUCUCCUGUCAAGUACAAGCUCGGAUUUGGGUACAGGGCCAUUUUCUACCAAUAGUAAUACAGAGAGAGGGGCUUUUACCGUGUGAAAUUACGUAAGCAGGGUUUUGCAGAUUUUCUUGUCCAAGCAGAAGCUAGAACCAGUACUGGGAGGGGAUCACGAAAAAAUGAUAUUUUCAGAUGACAAUGUUAAAAUGUCCUUAAUUGGGUUUGAGAUUUCCUAAAAAAUUUAUCACACACCUCCUAUGUGAUUGGUAUUGAGCUAACUAAUUUGUUUAAGAAAAAAGUCACCUCGCUUAAUAUCAUGAUUUCAUGAGGCUGGUACCGUUAUACCCUGUUUUUAUAGGAAACCCAAGACUUUUGAGAGGUUAAAAGAAUGACCCUGAAGUGCAAAUUCUUAAUAGCUAUGCAAUACUGGCAUAAAAUAAGAAGCAACCUAAAUAUAGUAUAGAAGAGAGUGUAUAUUAUUUUAUUUCAUGAUAUGGCAACUAUAUUACCUUUACUAAAUUCAUGCUUUUGCUUUUCUUUUAACAUAACGUAUCACAGACACAGGAAAUCUCUGUGAAGAAGCCUUCCAAGUACUGAAGGCCUCCAUGUUUCUUAGGGGAAUGCUCUUAAAACAAAGGUUGGCAAACUUUCCUCUGGAAAGGGCCAGAUAGUAAAUACUUUAGGCUUUGCACAAUGAUCGGCUCUGCCAUAUGGCACUAAUGCAGCCAAUCCAGAAGAAAUAAGUGGGCUAUGUUCCAAUUAAACUUUAUU